AUGAUCUCAUUUUUACAGCACUCCUUUGCACUUCGCGAUAAGCCUCAACAGCCCGUACGAAAUUGUGAGAUCACUCAUUCAACGUGGAGCGGACCUCGAGAAUCGCAACGUCGACGGCAGAACACUUUUGCACACGUUUUUCAAUGUAAUGUGGAACAUGUCAUAAAGUAUUACCAUCGAGAUGUCAGCUACACAACUACCGAUAUUGAAGGUAUGACUAUUAUUCACUAUCUUGCAUGGAGCAGCAAAAGUCAGAUCGAGCUUUUCCAGAUCCUCGAUUGUCCAGGACUAUAUGAAGGGGAUGGAAGUGGGAGAACAAUUGCUCAUCUGGCAGCGGCAAGGGGAAACCAGGAGCUUUUGCAAUACUUUCUGAAAGAAAAAAGAAGCUGUGAGGUAGACACAAGAGAUCGGGGCGGAAGAGGCUUGAUCCACUAUGCAGUGUCAACCCGAAGAAUCCAGACGAUCGAUCUUAUACUUAGUUGCGGCGGGCGGCUUGAUGUUGCUGAUGCAAAAGGAAGAACAGCAAUGCAUGAUGCGGCAGUACGAGAUGAUAUUCUGACUGCACGCCACUUGUACAUGCUAGGUCGUGUGGGCAUGUUGAUGCUUUUGGACUGCAAUAGGAAAUCGCCACUACACUUAGCUGCUGAUCACGGGAGCCGUGCAGUCUAUGACUUCCUUCAUGAAAGGCAGCAAGAAGUAGACUUUGACGGUGAAAUGUCGGAAUCUCUUGCGUUUUCUACAACCUCAAAGACAUACUCGGUCAAACUAUUUGAAUACUACCCACGCUUAUACGGAAAGUAUUCUAGGGUCUUUGGCGGUUUCUUUAGGCGACAAGUCACAAAGUCAGCGACGGCGUUUGUGAUAUGCUACGUAGUUACAUUCUAUUUUGUUCAUAGAACGCAGGUCACACAUGAGUAA